UCUUCCUAGAGCACUGGCAGCAACCGCAUCAUGGAAGGGUCGAGGGAAGACGAUCCGAUAUGCGUCAGUGACAGCGAAGAAACAGUUCAAAUGGAAACCAAUGGGUUAUCUCUCAAGACUCAGGAAAUCGAGUCAAAAAGAAAGUGGGAGACAGCCGCAGACCUCAGCAGCCGCUUUUGCAGUAACCAACAUGAAAGUCCAUGGGAAGGUGGUACAGCGAAGCACAUCGCAUGCCAUUCGUCUGGGCACCAAGGUCACUCUUCGCAAGAGUGGCCUCGAUGGAAUGAUGGUUCGCUCACUACCACGCUAGGGGAAGUACUGGCCCCCGACAAGUCUAGUCCAAUAUUCAGAGCAUGUAAAACAAAAAACUCAGGGAAGAGAUUCAAGAGAAGGAUAUGCUUUACAUGCCGUGAAGAAGGUCACUAUGACCGUCAGUGUCCUCAAAAGUUAAGAGCUAUAUCUGCCAACCUGUCAAAAGUAGUAGAAGAGUGGCCUCUAUGGAAUGAUGGUUCACUCACUACCUCACUAGGGAGGCAAAGCAGUAACCAACAUAAGAGUCCAUGGGAAGGCCGCACAACGGAGCACAUCGCAUGCCAUUCCUCUGGGUACCAAGGCCAAUAUUCGCAAGAUUGGCUUCUAUGGAAUUAUGGUUUGCUCACUACCUUGCUAGGGUGGCAAAAAGAUUUCCGCUUUUGCAGUAACCAACAUGAAAGUCCAUGGGAAGGCGGCAAAACAGAGCACAUCGCAUGCCAUUCCUCUGGGUACCAAGGCCACUAUUCGCAAGAGUGGCCUCCACGGAAUUAUGGUUCGCUCACUACCUCACUAGGGAGGCAAAAAGAUUUCCACUUUUGCAGUAGUCAACGUGAAGGUCCAUGGGAAGGCGGUAGAACAGAGCAUCAGGACAAAAUGAAUGGGAUAAUCACUUGUUUGGUUUGUGGCAAGGAAGGACAUUACAGUUGUGACUACCCUUUCAAGGAUCAGGAGCACAAAGUCUUUUGCACACUCUGUAGCAAAAAUGGCCACUGUAGCAUGUGGUGUUGCCAGCAGAACAAGUCGGAGAGUCGCGCUUGCACCCGCUGUGGAGAGAUAGGGCAUACUGCUAGUACACAUGGUCUCGGUUGCUCAAGCUGUGACGAAUAUCAUCUGGAUGGAGAGUGCCGACUGAGCGAAGUUAAAUGCUUUGUUUGUGAAUGUCAGGAUCAUUAUCUUGCUCAGUGCCCCUUGAAUUUCCAAGGUGCUCUGUGGCUUGCACUAUCAAAACGAGGCAGCACAUCAUCUACACCUGCCAAGUGUUCCGCAAAAUCAGAAGAAAAAGUACUUAGAGCCGAUGGGUCUAGUCCAAUUUGCUUUACGUGCCGUGAAGAAGGUCACUUUGCCUUUCAGUGUCCUCAGAACAGCCCCAGCGUGUCCGAAGAAUUUGAAGAGAGCAGCACUAUAGCUACAGCCACCAACCUGUCCAAAGAAUUAGAAGGCCAGGACCCUGGUACUGCCAAACAAUCAUCAGAAACAAAGCCGAUAUUGUACGAUCAGUGUUGCCCCUCAAAAGCAAAAGUACUGACCUCCAACAAGUCUAGUCCAAUGGUUAGAACAUGUAAAACAAAAACAGAAGGGGAGAAAAGGAUGUGCUCUACAUGCCGUGAAGAAGGUCACUAUGCCCGUAUGUGUCCGCAGAAGUUCGGAGCUAUAUCUGGCAACACGUCAAAAGAAUUAGAAGAGAGCAGCACUAUAGCUACAUCCUCCAACAUGUCCAAAGUAUUGGAAGAACAGGACCCUGGUACUGCUAAACAUUCAUCAGAUAUGAAGUGGGUUCUUCGAUGUGUUAGCUGUGGUCAGGAAGGGCACAAGGCCAGGAGCUGUCCAACACGAGUGUUUGUAUGCUCCUUAUGCAAUGAAGAAGGCCACAAAGCCAAGAAAUGCCCUCAGAAGCGCCAGAAGCGUUAAGACUGCCGCACCAAAAGCUAUCGGUUAAGCAAACAGUGAUACACACUAU